CAGCAGUCGCUGUCUGCAUCUUCGCCUCCCGUCCGAGAAGUUUGUUUUUAGCCGGAACAAAAACAAACGCCAGAUAAAGUGUUGCUUUACUCCCAGGCUUAUAUUUUCUCCCUCGCCAUGUCUGCAGAGAUGCGGCGUAGCAGCACAGCUCUGGUCCCGAUCAAGAACAUCGAGAGGGAGCUGAUCUGCCCGAUUUGUAAGGAGCUCUUCACCCAUCCGUUGAUCCUGCCCUGCCAGCACAGCGUCUGCCACAAGUGUGUCAGAGAGCUGCUGAUGCUGAACCAUGAGGACUCUUUUGAUGCCGGUUCUGAGUGCUCCCUGCCGGGCAGCCCCAGGGCCAGGGUGCCCUCCCCCUCCAUGGAGAGGCUAGACAGGCUUGUGAGAUCAGGUGGGUCUCGGGGCUCCAUCUCGUCCCCGGGGUGGCGCAGAGGGUCUGUGACUCCCCGGGUCACCACCAUCCCAUGCCCGGGCUGCCAGCAUGACAUCGACCUUGGUGAGCGCGGCAUCAGCAUGUUGUUCCGUAACUUCACCCUGGAGAACAUCGUCGAGCGCUACCGCCAGGCCGCCCGUGCAGCCAUCGCGAUCGUGUGUAACAUCUGUAAGCCUCCACUGCAGCAGGAGGCUACAAAGAGCUGUAUGGACUGCAAGGCUAGCUACUGCAACGAGUGCUUCAAGCUGCACCACCCCUGGGGCACACCCAAAGCUCAGCACGAGUAUGUUGGGCCCACCACAAAUUUUAGGCCCAAGGUGCUCAUGUGUCCAGAACACGAGAUGGAGAAGGUUAACAUGUACUGUGAGGUCUGCAGACGACCUGUGUGUCACCUCUGCAAGCUGGGAGGAUCCCACGCCAACCACAAAGUCACCUCCAUGGGCAGUGCCUACAAGAUCCUCAAGGAGAAGCUGGCCAAGAGUAUCCAUUACCUCAUCAGCAAAGAGGACCAGGUCAGGACUCAGAUUACUGAUCUGGAUCUGCUCAUCAAUCAGACCGAGGAAAAUGGCCAGCUAGCCGAGCGUCACGCCAAUGAGCACUUUGAGCGUCUGUUUGAGACUCUGCAGGAGAGGAAGUCAGAGAUGCUGAGAUCCAUCGAGCAAUCUCGAAGCCGACGCCUGGGGCAACUCAAGGUUCAGGUGGAGGAGUACCAGGGCAUGCUGGAGAACAGUGGUCUCGUGGGCUACGCUCAGGAGGUCCUGAAAGAGACAGAUCAGUCCUGCUUUGUACAAACUGCAAAGCAGCUGCACAUCAGGAUCCAGAAGGCCACAGAGUCUCUGAGGACUUUCCACCCAGCGUCUGAUCCCUGCUUUGAUGAGUUUGUGCUGGACACAUCCAGAGAAGAAACUCUGCUCAAAGAGAUGUGCUUUGGUGGAGUUCCAGACCCUCCUCUGAUUGACUUGUCCAAUAGCAGAGUCUACAACGAGGCCUCAAUCUGCUGGAGGCUGUCUGAUGACCACCUACCUACAGAUCACCAUGUGCUUGAAUACCGCAGACUGGGGGGCCCAAGCCAAUCCCCGUCCCAGGAGGACGGUGAGGACAGUGGAGUCUGGAGGGCUACAGACAGGGUGUAUGGACCAAACACUGUGGUGUCUGACCUGGACCCUGACAGUCUGUACUCCUUCAGAGUCCGAAGCUGCAGGAACUCCAUGUUCAGCCCUCACAGCCCUGAGGUCACUUUCCACACACCACCCGCACCUGCUUAUGGUUUCCUGUUCAGCGACAAGUGUGGAUUCAGUAUGGAGCGGCUCAUUCUCAACAAGCGACGGGACACUGUGGAGAGCGUAGCAAGCAUGGCCUUCCUCCUGGCUGCAGAGCGUGUACAGACGGGCAGCUACAUCGGAAUAGACUACAUAAUUGGGGACAUGGGCAUCUCUCAGGGAAGACACUAUUGGGCCUUUAAGGUGGAGCCGUACUCCUACAUGGUUAAAUUUGGAGUGGCCUCUGACUCAAAGCUGCUUGAAUGGUUUCACAAUCCAAGAGAUACCAGCAGUCCAAGGUAUGACCAUGAUAGUGGGCAUGACAGCGGCAGUGAAGACGCAUGCUAUGAGCUCUCCCAGCCCUUCACCCUCCUCACCCUGGGUAUGGGCAAACUCUUCAUCCCCAAGACGUCUUCAUCCUCUUCUGUCUCCACAGCAAGCGCAACGUCCGGUGACCCUGGCAACCGUGUGCUUCCCAUGCCACAGCGCUUGGGUGUAUGCCUAGAUUACGACGCGUGCCGGGUGUAUUUUUACGAUGCCGACACCAUGAGGUGCCUUUAUGAGAGGCAGGUAGAUUGUUCGGGAACAAUGUAUCCAGCUUUUGGGCUCAUGGGAAGCGGCAAGGUUCAACUGGAGGAGUUUGUCACUGCUAAGAGACUGACUUUCUGAGGAGGGACAGAGCAUGUUCAUGCCGUGGGACCUGCAUCUGUUUAAUCUUUAACAUGUUCUGGGAAGAGCAGGUUUUAUUGACAGGGUGGUGGAGUACAAUCCAAAUAGAUUUUCUGUAGGUCAGAUUUGAGCCUUUGGUCCAACAUGGUCCAGAGACUGGCCUAUUCAGAGUUGGCAUGUAUAAUGUACGCUCCAUACACAGAGUAUGACGUAAAUAUUAAUGUCCACAUACAAAGGUCUUCAGAGGUUGGUAUAUGGUAUGUGAAAGGUCUUAUUUAAUGACCAAAGUCUCUGUAUUUGACCUGGUUUUAAUUGCUAGCUAUGAUCAGCUGGUAAUGUAGUAGAAUUGGCUGCAAAGUUAGUCUACGGCUACUUUCAAUCUUGUUUUAACAUGAAACGCCGGCGAGCUUAAACUUACACUUCCUCUUUUGCCAGGUAUGUUUAUAGAAUAUUUUGUGUAUUCAUUAUUGGGUGCUCUUUUGGCUCUUUUCUGUAACUAUUUGUCUAUACGUAGCAACAUGGGUUUAGAUGUAAUCUUGGUGGACCUGAGAGCCUUGUAGCUACUAUAAAGCUAGCGCCUUCGUGCCUUUUCUUUCUCUUUUUUUUUCUUCUUAUAAGGAAAUGGAUCUUUUGGUUUGCUAUAGCGAGCAGGUGUUGGUGUCAUUGCAAAAGCAUUAUGGAAAUACUUGUCAGCAUAAAUACUAUAUUCAAGUUUUUACUUUAGGUAGUUCAAUCACACACACUGGUGUCAAAGUUAUAACUGUUCAUAGUAUUCAUUAUACUUAUCUAUUCACUCUUGACAUUAUCACAAAACACUACUUUUCCUCCUCGUCACAGUUAAGUUCAGCUGUUUUUGCACAAAAUUAUGAAUGAAGCCUCGCACAUGAUACUUAACAAUCAUCACGUUUUGAGCACUACCUUGUUAGUUUGUUCACUUUAAAUGUUGUAGAAAUAAUCGGCACAUUGUUGUCUCACAGUGAUUGUCACACUCACAAAAUCACGUUCACCUUUCUACUAACAUAAAUGUUAAUCCUGGAGUAGUCGCUUGCAUAUUAACGUCUCUCACUGUUUGCACGGCACUAAAUGUGACUCUUGCACCAUAACACCAGCCAGGUACCAGAACACUGUGUACAGUUGCAAAGUCACUAAUAGCCAAAACAUGUUGGUUCUGGUGCUGACGCAAGUGCAACACACCACUCUGUGGCCUAGCAGCCUUUUAACAGUUUAAAAACAAGUUAUUCAGGUUCUUACAAAAAGUGCUAUCACAAAACACUGUUCAGUACCUUUUUUACGAUCAAAACCACCGUGUACUUGCAGACGCAUGAAGUGUAGCAUAUUAGCAUGUCACCUGUGAGCUUGGCUAUCAGACGGAUCACCUAAGUGGUUGAUUGGCUUUGAUUUAAAUCAGCUCAGAUAUUCAAGUCUAAGAGAGCACACCAGACGGACUGUUUGCUGGGCAACUACACUUGGUUUAUUGUAUAAGUAUAUAUGACUGCACAUGGGUCAGUUUGUACGUUCAUGUAUAUUUUGAUUUCUGGAGGGUUAGGGUUAUCGGUGUGUGUCUGUUUUCUCAGGUUUCUGGCCCUGAUUGGGGCCCAAUGCUACCUACCUCUAUCUGUCAGGCCUGGAAAACCUUAACUACUGUACCUAUCCUCACAGAAACAAGUUUGGUUUCAUUUGCAGCUUUGUCCGUUCAAUAUCUCCGCCUUUUCUCUUUAAUGUCAGAUAAUGAGCUGAUCUUUCAAAAAUGUUUGCGUUUAUUUCCAUGUACAUAAUGAUCCAGAGUAUUAUUUUCAGUGAAAUAAAACCUCUUAAAUAUUUGUUAUUAGUUGUUUGCUUGUGGACGUCAAAGAUGUUUAUCACUAUUGGUGGAAGUUACUGUCAAGGGAGUGUUUUUCAAAUGGUACUAAAAUAACAACCUUUUCUUCCUCCUGUUUGUGGUGUUGGUUUGAUUAGGCAGUUUUAAUGCUUUGGUUAUAUAGUGUGGAAAACAUUUGUUUUUAGGCUAAACAUUUAAUAAAUUCAUACUCUUACAUGUAGCUGGACAGAAACGUUCUCCAGUCUAAAAUUCUGUGACUGCAUAUUUUAUCUCUGGUGUUUCCGUCAAUUAUUUUCACUACAACUUUCUGAAGUCAGUCUUGAACCUUGACCGCUGUAUUUCAAAAUUGACUGUUUCAACAUCUCAAAACAUGUCUAUGCAUUUAUGAAUUUGCAGGUUCAUGGUUUCAUUUCCAUCACAGAAUGUAUUCACUAUUUAUUACAGAACAAACUGAAUGUUCGUUUUUGUAUUUCUUCGGUUCACUCGGUCACAGCACAGUUGCAUGUAGCUAUAUAAAUCUGAUAAAAGGCUUGUAAUCUCACCAUCUGAUUUUUAAAUUAAAAUGCAGUCUAGCCUGCUUUUCAGUCAUGAAUUUAGAACCAAAUAUUUAGCGGGCUGGCUAUCAGUCUAAUUCCAAGCUAGCACUUUAAAAUUGUGAAGCAUGUCAGCAGCUGUUUGGCUCUGCAGGUGUGUAAAAUGUGUGUGUGUGUGUGUGUAAUAUUAUUGAACGGGCUGUAGAAGUGUUUUUCCAGACGUUAGCAUAUCAAGACAAUUUGCACUGCAAUUAGUUCAGUUUGCUUUGUAAAUGUGUUUUUUAUGUUUCUCAGUAACACUCUAAAUUUCCUGGACUCUAAAUUAGUGACUGUGCAUUUGUCCCAAUGUAUUUUCUCCACAGGAUUUGGAUGUGGUGUGUAAGUGGUGGGUUUCUGUAUGUAAAGAUGUGGAAAUAUUGUUCUUUGCUCUGAAUCCUGGAAAUGCUUUUGAAUUUGCUGUGGGGAUUUCAUCAAAUAAAACUAGUGUUUUUAAA